CUCCGACCGCCCUCCGAUUUCCUCUCCACUUGCAACCUCCGGGACCAUCUUCUCGGCUAUCUCCUGCUUCUGGGACCUGCCAGCACCGUUUUUGUCGUUAGCUCCUUCUUGGCGACCAACCAUGAGCUCCCAGAUUCAUCAGAAUUAUUCCACCGACGUGCAGGCAGCCGUCAACAGCCUGGUCAAUUUGUACCUGCAGGCCUCCUACACCUACCUCUUUCUGGGCUUCUAUUUCGACCGCGAUGAUGCGGCUCUGGAAGGCGUGAGCCACUUCUUCCGCGAAUUGACCGAGGAGAAGCGCGAGGGCUACGAGCGUCUCCUGAAGAUGCAAAACCAGCGUGGCAGCCGCGCUCUCUUCCAGGACAUCAAGAAGCCAGCUGAAGAUGAGUGGGGUAAAACCCCAGAUGCCAUGAAAGCCGCCAUGGCCCUGGAGAAAAAGCUGAACCAGGCCCUUUUGGAUCUUCAUGCCCUGGAUUCUGCCUGCAUGGACCCCCAUCUCUGUGACUUCCUGGAGACUCACUUCCUAGAUGAGGAAGUGAAGCUCAUCAAGAAGAUGGGUGACCACCUGACGAACCUCCACAGGCUGGGAGGCCCAGAGGCUGGGCUGGGCGAGUAUCUCUUCGAAAGGCUCACUCUCAAGCACGACUAAGAGCCUUAUGAGGCCAGCGACUUCUGAAGGGCCCCUUGCAAAGUAAUAGGGCUUCUGCCUAAGCCUCUCCCUCCAGCCAAUAGGCAGCUUUCUUAACUACCCUAAAAAGCCUUGGACCAAAUGGAAAUAAAGCUUUUUGAUGCAAAAAAAAAAAA